UACGUACCUUGAAAAAAGUCUCCACCAACGGUUUGGUGAAUCUAUAACCUUCUUUUACGCCCGGAUUGCGUUUCAGAAAAGAUCCCGUUGCAAUGCGCCGAGAAACCCAUUCGAUUGGUAUCAUAUUACAUUUUUGGCUAAUAAACGUAUUGUCGGACGAAGCGCUUUUCGAAACAAACGCCGUCUGUACGCCUAGAACGAAACGUUAAAACGACGAGUUUACCAUAACAUUUGAAUACAUUUAGUAGGUGCGAUGAAUAAGCGUACAAAGAUUGUGUCGGUACCUACCCAAGUCUUGUAAAAUCUUAAAUAUCGCCGUCGUGGUCUCUGUGGAUAUGACGCCCUUGUUUUCCAUUUCGUUUUCUCUGAUGCCAUCCCAAGCGGUUAUUUUGUCUCUGCUCACCAUCAAUACAUUUUCCGUGCCGGGAAUAUCGUACACGAUUUUUGUCUUUCCUUCUAUGAUUAUUUCUCCUAUACUGACACCUGGGACACCACACGGUCGAAAAAGAAUUAAUUUCGUAUGAAUCAAAAUUGAAAUUAUAAUAACAGCGCUCGGUUGUAAUUACCAGAAAUUUGGGGUUUGUUCAUUUUUCGGAAAGCGUCACUGUACUAUAUAGCAGGCGUUUAGAUAUAUCUGUUGGACAGAAGACAACAAUUUAUUAUCGAACGAUCGAGUAUAUAACGUCGAGUCGCCUGACGGGCACUGGGCAUUAUUAAUGAUCAAUUAAUAAUAUCAAUUGAUCCCGCCAAUUUCCGCCGAACAAUAUCGGCGAUGGUGAUAGUGUAAAUGUACUAACCUAAAAAAAAAUCGUUUUAAGCACCCACAACCAGUUUGGCGGCUUAUUGGAAUUACAAAAACAAAAAAAAAAAAAAAAAACGUGCUACAGAACAGUGUAAUCGCCCGGAGGAAUUUUGAGUUUUCGAGUGUUUUAACGAAUCGAAUCGGACGGCGGUCACUACGCGUAGAGAUAUUACUAUUGUAUUGCGCCUGCCGGUAAUAUUUAAUACAUUUUGCUCGUUUUCUAUUUAAGAACAAGGUACGUUUUUACAUUUUAUCUGUUUAAAUUAAAACGUUAUUUUUUUUUUUUUUUAUCUUAAAUUAACAAUUGUAACAAGAGAUAAGCGUUGUUCGGACGCCAAUUUUCGUUUUCCAGAUAAACUUCGAUAUAAGUAAUCUUAAGUUCACGACCUAAAGAUGAACGCCAUUGAUUAUUUUAUAAAUAAUACGUUUAGGUACUUAGCAAAUUUUAACGAUUCAUAACCUAAUCGGGUCAAUGGUACACAUAUUAUAACUGCUUAAUAGUAAUAUCUUUAUUAUAAUUAAAUAAAUACAUUUUAUGGUUGAUUGUUUCAUCAUCUAAUGUAUGUGGAUAUUUAAAUUUUUCAUAUACCUUUAAGUACUAUAAUUUAUUUAUUGUUUCACUCAUAGUGAUAUGUAAUAUUGUAUAAAACUGAAUUACUUGGACGUUUUUACAAGUAAAGAGGUACUUAAUAAUAUUUAAAUUGUAAACAUGAUUAUUAUAUUAAUUAUUAUUGAAAUUAAUUAUACUUAACAAUUUAUUACUGACCUGUUAUAAUAAUUAUGCGAUACUAGUACAAACGUACAAUUUACUAGUUACUAUAUAAUAUGUGUAAUAUCAUAUUUAUUAUAUUUAAAAUAUGUUUUUAUUUUAUUUAGGAACAAACAUGUCUAUUGUUGAAGAAGAUGAUAGGCAAUUACGCCAUGAAUGUGGUGUAUUCGGUUGUAUUGCCUCUAAGCCAUGGCCGACAGAUGUAGACGUAACCCAAGUCAUUUGUCUCGGAUUGUUAGCAUUGCAACAUCGGUAAUUUUAUUCUUUAAUUUCAAAUCUAUUUUGUACACAAGUCAUAAAAUUCAAAAAGAGUUAAUUAUUCAUAUUUUUAAUGUAUCAGUUGAUAAAAUAUAGUUAAGAAAUUUGGAAAUAUAAUCUUAUUCUCUCAUUUAAUAUAAUAUAAUUUGAGGCGUAUUUAGGAUUUUCUCAGGAUUAUGGAAAAUAUAAUAUGUGAAUUAAUUUUUGGUUGCUUCACAUUACCUUUUAUGUGUUAUAGUGCAAUAGGUCUAAUAUUAAAAAAAAAGAGGGAUAGACACCCCUAUAAAUGUGCCCUUUGACUUAUGUAUCAUUUUUUUUCUUCAUACAUAUUACAUUUAUGUACACGAUAAUAAGCUUGUAUACCUUUCCCUCGUCAUUCCAUUUUAUAAAUAAGCUCAAUAUUUUGUUUUCAUUCAUUUUUUAUCAAUGAUUAAAAUUCAAAUUUGUAUAGAGGCCAAGAAAGUGCUGGUAUUGCUAUGAGUGAAGGCGACAAUCAUUCUCAUUUUAAUGUCAAAAAAGGCAUGGGUUUGGUCAGUAAUAUAUUCAAUGAAGACACAAUAAAAAAACUCAAAGGUAACACAUGUUUACUUACUUUUGGUGUCCUGAAACAAAAUACAAUUUCUGGAUUAAUAAUAUGACUAAUAUUACUCUAAUCAGAAUAAUUUUUUUGAUUGCAAUGAUUUAUUGUUGCAUAUAACAUACAAAUCAAAUUACAUUGUAUAUCCUACUUUCCAAACAAAUCACCUAUAACAGUAGCCUAAUUUUGAGUUGUAUCAACUUUUUAAUAUUAGAACUGAUCAAUUGUAGUAGUUAAGCUGCAAUGUUUAACCUUAUAAAAAAAAAAAAAAAAUUAUGAUAAAUUUACCUAUUAUACAUUUUAAGUACUUGGACAUUAUAGUAACAGUGCUGUAUGCUAUCUAUGCACACUUUCUAAUUACCUUAUGAAAAAUCAUACCUACCAUUUUAAAUUCAUUAAUAUUUUAUCAAAAAAUUGUUCUAAGUAGUAUAUUUUAUGAUUUAUAGUAUCACAUACUUUAUUAAUAGAGUUAAUUUUUUCGUAAUACUGUUAUGGUAACAACACAAUUUUAAAAAAUUCACAAAUUUUUUGGCUUUAUAAAAAAUAUGUUUAUAUUAAUCACCAAAAGUAUUAAUUUUUAAAAAAUUGCAAUAAUAAUCAUGACACUUAAGUAAAUAACAUAACUGUUCUAAUAAUUUUUCUAAGUUGAGGUUAUACAAAUUAAACCAAAAUCUUUUAUUGUUUAUAAUUUAAUGUCUCUUAAUAAUGGAGUACUUCAAAAUUAUUUAUUUUUCUUACUUUAGAUAAAAUCAAACUAAUAGAUAUUAUACACGCAACACCAUUUUCAAUGUAACAGUAGAUAAAAUGUCUUAUCUAGAUGGCAUACAGUACCACUGUAUUUUAGAUUCUUUAAAUUCUAAAAUUUGAUUCUUAUUAAAUUUACAUAUUUUAUGAUAAAAAAUAACAAAACUAUCAAUUAUGUUUGUUAUAUAUUUAUAAUGCUGUGUUUUUGUCAGACAAAGAUUUUAUCAUUUUUUCAUUUACAUAUAACUCAUAUAUUAAUACAAUAUUAGUAAACCAAAAUAAUUGUUUUUUUUUUUUAUAGAUUUCGAAAAUAAUAACUUAAAAUUCUUUUUAAAGAACUCUCACCACUUUUAGGGAUAUCUUUAAUCAUAUUCAUCCAAUUUUGGAUAACAUUUAAAUGUGUACCUCUAUGUACAUUCUAAAUAAUGACCAUUUAAGUAUACCUAUGUAUGUAAAUACAAAAAUAUGGUUUAAUGAAAGAGAAAGGCAGUUCUCCUACUAGUGCAAGACUAUUUUAAAAAGAACAAGGUAGUGUCGUAUAUGAGAAUUUCGACAAUUAUUCAAAAUAUUGUAUAUAGGUUUAUAAUUUGAUCGCCUUUUCCACCAUAUUUUUAUUUAUUUUUUUGUAAAAUAAUGAAACUGAGCUUGUCGAGUCACAUGCUAUGGUUGAAUUGUUUAUGUGAGAAAAAUCCUAUUUAUAAACGUUAGUUAAACAAAUGGGAUUAAAAUAGCCAGUUUUGUUAGUUGUAUUGUGCCAGUGGAAGGUGAUGCCUAAGUAUUAGAAUUUAAUUAUAAUUGUGUUAAACUAUUUAGGUAAUCUUGGAAUUGGGCAUACAAGGUAUUCCACAAGUGCUGGUUCUGAAGAAGUUAACUGUCAGCCAUUUGUUGUUCAUUCUGCUCAUGGUGCUUUAGCAGUUGCUCAUAAUGGUGAAUUAUUUAAUGCUGGAAAAUUAAGGCGUAUGGUAAACACUAAAUUAAUUUUAAUUUUAACCCUGAGUAUAUUUUUGGAGAAGGAUUUUCAUAUAGAUAUGAAAAAGUAGUAUCAUGUAAAACCUUAUUAAAAACUAAAAAGUGACUAAGAAAUGCCUAUUAAAAUUCAUUAAAGUUGGCCAUAAAUAAUUAACAUUCUUAAGUUAACAAUUUUAGUUGCCUUAUUUGAAAAUGUUAACAAUUUAGUAGUGAUCAUUUGUUUUGUAAGCACUAAUAUUAUAUAUUUAUAAUAUGUUGAGUCAAGUGUUCUUCAAUCAUUAAUACAUAUUUUGUGUUCAAUGAAAUUGAUUCAAUGUACUAUUUAUAUUAUAAACUAUUAAAUUAUUUUGAAAUAAUUGAACAUUAAGUAUGGCAUUUUAAAUCAAAUAUAAUAUCAAUAUUUUUAAAGAAUACUAAUUAUAUGUUUGUAUCAUAUUUAGGUAUUAGCUAGAGGUGUUGGUCUUUCUACUCAUUCAGAUAGUGAACUAAUUACACAAGCUCUUUGUUUGAACCCACCUGAUAUUGAAAUUGAUGGCCCAGAUUGGCCAGCUCGUAUUAGACAUUUUAUGGAACUCACCAAAUUGUCUUAUUCAAUAGUAAUAAUGGAAAAAGGUAGAAUAUUUGGAGUGCGUGACCCAUAUGGCAAUAGACCUCUCUGUAUUGGCAAAUUAAUGUCAUUAACUGAUCCCGAUAAAGGUACAAUUUUUUUAUAGAAUUAUAAUAUAUAAUUAUUUUCUACCGCAUAUGUACCUGCCAUUUUAUAUUUUUGUUAAACAGAGGAAGGGUGGGUUGUGUCAUCUGAAUCCUGUGGUUUCCUUUCAAUGGGUGCUAAAUAUGUAAGAGAUGUUUAUCCGGGAGAAAUUGUAGAAUUAACAGACGAAGGUUUUCAUACUGUAUCCAUAAUGGGACGUCCGCAUAAUCGCCCUCAAGCAUUUUGUAUUUUUGAAUAUGUAUAUUUUGCAAGGCCUGAUAGUAUAUAUGAAGGUAAAAAUUACAUUUAUUUGUUUAAUUUCUAAUAUAUUAUAAAAAUUAUGUUAAAUUACUAAUACAUUUUUUAAACAACAAAAUAUAAAUUUAAUGCAGGACAAAUGGUUUAUUCAGUACGGUUGAGGAGUGGAAUUGUAUUAGCUAGAGAAAGUUUUGUUGAAGCUGAUAUUGUUAGUUCAGUUCCAGAAUCUGGAACUGCCGCUGCUCAUGGAUUUUCAAUGGCAGUAAGUACUUUAAGAUUUUUAAAUUAUACAUAACAGAUUUAAGAAUAGUAUUACUCAUAUUCUUAUUCUAAAAACUGUAACAUAAAAUUUAAAAACCUUGUAAUUUUGUACUUCAAAAUAUUGGUUAUUUAAUUAAAUUAACAUUUUCAGUCUAAUAUUCCAUUUUCGGAAGUUUUGUACAAAAAUCGAUAUGUGGGCCGAACAUUCAUUCAACCAAAUGCUCGAUUAAGAAGGUUAGGUGUUGCUAAAAAAUUUGGAGCUAUUGUUGAGAAUGUUGCCGGCAAACGAAUUAUUCUAAUUGAUGAUUCCAUUGUAAGAGGAACUACAAUAGGACCAAUUAUCAAGUUACUGAGAGAUGCAGGAGCUAAAGAAGUACAUAUAAGAGUGGCUUCUCCUCCUCUUAAGUUUACUUGUAAUAUGGGAAUUAACAUACCGACUAAAACUGAACUUAUUGCUAACAAACUUACCAUUGAACAGUUAGCUAAACACGUUGGUGAGUAUAUUAGUUAAAUUAGUUAAAAAUUAAAUAUUAGUUAAAAGUAAUUUUCAGAGCAGGUUUUAAAUCAAGUAUUGAGUUAUUUUUAUUAGAGUGAUGAAUUAUUUAAAUUUGGUUUGUAAGGCUAAAUGAUUGAUAAUUUCUUACAUUAAUCAAGAUGUGUUUUUUAUACUGGUUUGUAGGCAUUUUGCCAGAGCACAUUGUUGAUUAUUAUUGAUCGCCAUAUUCUCCACGCAUGUCUUGUCUAUUUUAAUCUUCUAAAUAGGAGUUUCUUUUGUAAUGCUAGGGUAUCAAAAAAGCUCUUGGAGUUAAUCAUCUUUACACGGACUGAAAAUCCUUAGAAUUUUCCUUUUGAAAACACCUAAUCUUAUUUCCUUUUUUACCUAAGAAGCCAUGUUUCAAGCCAUGAAGAACCACUGGGCAUAUCAAUGUUUUAUAUACAGGGUGAUUUCACUAAGCGUGCUCAUCCCAUUUUUUUGGUUAAAUUUUGCAUAUAUUCAAAUUCUGAUUUUUUAAAUUUUUAAGUGUAGUUAAAGCCAAUAUUUUUGAAUACUUAGAUUUUUAUUUUCAAAACAUUUAAACAGUAUUCUGGUAUAACAACUUUAGUUUUUCAAAUGAAAAACUAUUAUAAAAACUCCAUAAAUAGAUGGAAUAUUAUUUAAAUAAAUUUUAACACCAAAAUGUAUAUAUAAGGUGUCCCACAAGUAUUCGACAAAUGCAAAAACUUUUGUUCUAUUCAAUAUUUUUGAAAAACUUUUUUCUUAAAUAAUUAGUAUGCCCCAGGGCUACAGUUUAUAUGUAAAUAUUCUUUUUUAUGGGCAGGGGGAUUUAUAAUUAAAAAUUUAACUAUAAUUUUUUUUAAAAAAUUCAAAAUAGCCAUUUUGUAAAAUAGAUUUUUAGGAAAUUUUUUGUUGGUUGAAACUUUUGUUAAAUUAUGGUCUUAUUUUCUUCUUAGAUUUUUUGAAAAUUUGAAUAAUUUUAUUUUCAAUCAUAAUAAUGUUGUUUAUCUACAUAAAUUACCAUUGUUGAUUGAUUGAAACUAUAAUACGAUAAUAUUAUUGAAUGAUUUUAACUCAUGGAUAAGAAAAUCCCAACUAAUAACUGAAUAACCAACAAUAGGUAAUAUUCACAUUUGCAAAAAUUUCAAAAAUUAUAGAAAAUAAAAACAUACUUUACAAAAAUUUUCUAAAAUCUAUUAUUUUACAAAAUGGCUAUUUUGAAUUUUUUUUAUUUUAAGUCCUCCCCCUAAAAAAAAAUGUUCAUAUAUAAACUAUAGUGUUGAGGUAUACUAAUUAUUUAAAAAAAAUUUACAUCAAAAUUGAAUAGAACAAAAGUUAUUGCAUUUGUCGAAUUCUCGUAGGACACUGUGUGAUAUAGCUUUGAAUAAUUUUGUCGAACCAUAGUAGCAGCUAUUACAUUUCCACACCUUAUAACAAGUAGAGAUACUGUGGGACCAUUCUGAUCUCCUUACAGGGGGACUAUAAAAGUACUAUAUCCAAUCAAUAAUAACUUAAAAUAUAUUUUUACAGGAGCUGAUACUAUUGCUUAUUUAUCAGUUGAUGGCCUUAAAGAAGCAGUAAAAGAAAAAAUGCCAACCAAAAAUGCGCCUGAAGUUGGGCAUUGUACAGCAUGUCUUACUGGAGAAUACCCCGAAGAAUUAACUUUCUGAAUAGCAUAAUUGUAACUCAGGACAUUGCUAAGUUUUUCAAAUUGAGAUACUGAUAACUUGAAUAAAAUAUUAUUUAUAAGAUCUGUCUUCCAAGUAUCUAUUAUUUAUCUUUAUACUUUUAUAAUUUUUUUUUUUUUUUUACAUAUGAAUACAUUUUAUUAAAUACUUACAUUGUAAAGUUUAUUACAAUUAACUAUUAAUGAAUUAUUUCAUUAAAAAAAAAAAAAA